AUGAGUUUUACAAUCGCCUCAUCAUCCGUUGCCUUGGUGGCGCCAGCGACAAGACUCCCCGCUCUGUCGCGACUUGCCACAAAGUAUCCUCACUCUACUCGAAGCACUUGGCAUUGUGCCCGAAGUCAUCAAAACUUUCGGGACAGAAUAGAACGCGCAGCACGAUCUAUAGACACAUACCAGCGCCAUCAUGAGGCUAAGGUUCGCUCUGCAAUCGAGUCCAGUUGGCCUACCACAGCUUCCCGGUACCCUCAGAGGACUGGCCAAUGGACAACGCAGUGGAUGCAGUCUCAGUUUUCCGAGCUCGCUGGUCGAGAGAAAACUUACUGGGAUGCAGAACUUGAGGAGAUGAAUCAGCGCAUGGCCAAGCUCAAAAACUUGGUUGCUAGAGAUCCUUACGAAUUGCUCUUUGGCGAUCGAGCGUUCUUUUCCCAUUACGACCAGCCGGAUAUAGCGACCAACCAGGAAUCCACGGAACCUUCAAAGUCCACCUUUCAUUCUCAGGGCAAAGAUACCAAAAGAGCCUCCAGCCAAUUCCCCCCGUCACCAUCUGCCCGCGGCAGCCUGGUGUAUGAUCCAAUCAGUGGACGAAUGACCUCUAUCGCACAUGCGCCCCAGAGUGCCGAGGCCAUGUCUGCCGCCGCAAGUCAAAGCACUCAAACCGAGCAUUCCCCACGCCACGAACUCGAUGUUCAACCUGAAAGUCAGCUUGAGGCAAGAUUAGUCGCUGAGGCAACUCGCGCCCAGCUUUCCGAUCCAGUUAUCGAAUGUGCACCAGGCAGCGAACUGGAGGCACUUUUCACGAGCUCGCCGGCUCAAGUCGAAGCGACUCAUUACACUCCGGCCACAGCUACAUCUGAAGCUACAGUUAUCAGAACCCACGAUGUGGUCGACACUACCCCGAAAAAAGAGACAAGCCUUUCUUCUGAGGCUCGUACGAGCGAGAACCGCGACGCUAGCGACGAGAGCCUUGCCACCAAAUUUCAAGAAGACCCAAUCUAUGAAGUUCUGCAAAACCACCAAAGUUUCGGAUCAGAAGUCCUGCCUAAUGAAGCCACCUACCGCAUCCUGGCUUACGACUCCGGCUCUGGAAAAGUCACAUCCACCGAAGCUGAUACUUUCUUCGGAGCAAGGGAGACUGCUCAAACUCACGAGAUUCUUUCACGCCUACACAACCCCGCUAGAUUUGUGCGCUACUUCGGGAAAAUGCAAGAAGAUGGGUACGAGAUCGCGACUGGUGGUGGUGACAUCUUGGUCUUCAAGCGCGUUCCCAGGAGUCCCUCAAAACAUCCGGUCCCAGCUCCCGUAGCUGGCUCUGAGGUGUCGAUCCCUGAAGAAAUCCAGGACGACUUGAAGAACUACCAAGUCUCAGAGACUGCCUUUGACACCACCCGCUACGUCCACCACUACGACGCCCUGUCUCCCACCAACAAGCCAUCGACAUUCGGACCGACAGCUCCCACUUCACAACCCAAUUCAAUAUCCCAGAGAGAACAAACCAAGGCCCCUGUUAUCUCCUCAUCCUCACAUACAAAGCCGGAUUCAAAUCAUCGAUCAACACAACCAUCCUCGGAACCAACUUCCUCCUCCACUAUCAUAUCCCCGGACCAAAAAUCCCAUUCAAGGACCAAAUCCACUUUUCGCAGGAUUCUUCGCAGGAUGGUUUUGACUGGCACCAUCACAGCUGCAUCCUGUUAUGCUCUGGGUGUACUGGUGGAAUACUUUCGGACUGGCGGAAUUGAUGGACGCGGAGCGGAUGCGUUCACGACCUUUGAGUCGGAGAGGCGACAUGGGUCAUAG